CUGGCCCACUUUGUUCAGUUUCAAAUCAGCUCAUCAUGAAAGCACUGAUACUUUUCUCGUUUCUCUUAUGUCUUUCCCCGAGUACUUUCGGGUUACGGUUUGCCCACGAACCGGUGACUGUGGAUACAGACGUACUCAUUGUGGGUAAGCCCGCUCGAUUGACCUGCAACUUUGUUAAGUAUAGAACGGAAUCGGUCCGUGAAAUCACCUGGUUCUUGGGCUACUCCGGAUUCCGGACCAAAAUUUUUGGCUAUGCCGUGAGCACGGGCGUGAAGGAGGGCUCAAACUUUCCGUUUGUGUCCGUUGACGAGCACUCCGUGACGGAUUCUGAAUUGACCAUCACCUUGACCGAUUUCCGCGAUGAGAACAUGACCCUGGGUUGUGAAGUGGAAGUCAUCCGUGACAACGGAUAUGGCAAGUUACGUCACGAUAAGAAAUUGGGCAAUUCAAUUGUCAAAGCUGUGGACAACGGACAACACCAACUUAUUCUGAAGGCUGAUCCGGGCCUUCAAAACCAAGCCAUACCGGACAAGGAAGUCGUAGUCUCUUGCGUGUCUCAGGGAGCCAAUCCUCCACCCAAAUUGUCGCUGAUGGUCGAUGGCAGGAACUUGACGGAGAUUUAUACUGGUACGGUGCAAGAAGGAGUCGUCCCAGAUCAAAAAGAGGUUAAUCUCAUGGGUCGAAUCGAACGACUUCCUGAGCACCUCUUUAAAAACAGCUAUCUGACCAUCGAAUGUCUAGCACAUUUUGACGACUUCCUCUUCGCUAAGAAGGAGAUCUCCCUGCAGAAACGAGACGCCAUGAGCAGUCCAAGCUCGAUUCCCAAUUACGAUGAAGAACAGAAAUCGCGCUACAUGAGACCAGGUGCCAACCGACGGAACGAUGUUGAUGACUCCAAUGGUUAUUUGCGUCCAGGAAUGAUUCCCCAAGACAGCGGCUCCUUUGGACGCACUGGACGAGUGGAUGAAGGUUAUCAAGCGGAUGUGAUCCACUCGAAGCUGCUGGAUCUGAUGGACCCAGCCCGACACAUCCAUCCUGGGAUCCCCUACGACUUUUUUGCCGGAUAUCUUCUUAUGGUGUCGGAUGAGGUCAAUCCAACAGUUGAAGGAAAUGGUCACACUACUAUUUUGGGGGAGUUGCCCUAUGAGGUGGAGACAGCCCUUCACCGCCAUUACGGCCGAGUUAAUCAGGUUACGCACGAAAAGACUCAAAUCAAGAUGGACCCCAUCAAAGUAUUGAAUAUAAUGGGCGGGCUUGGAUAUCGUGUCAUUGGCCAAUCAGACCAAGGCAAUGAUUAUGUGUGGACUUUGGAAAAAAAGAAUUUCGAGAUGGCCAACGCCAAGAAUCAUCAAAGUCACAACUAGAGUGAAACAUUUGAUGAUAACUUUGAAGCAAACUAAUGAAUACAUUUCAAUUUCACACCCAUAACGUACGAAAACUAAAGAGUCAAAGGCCACACCACAUGAUCUGAAACAAUUACAGAUUAAUUAGGCGGAAGCGUGACAUUCGUAUGAACAACCUUGAAUUAUAAUUUGGUUGAUAACAGGA